GAUGGAUAACAACAAAGCAUCAAAUGUUAAGGUGACUGCAAUAUUCAAUGGAGAUGAGAAGACAACUACUGAGUGGAAAAAGAUAUUCGAUCCAUUUAAGUUUGAUACACUAUUAACCAUAAUAGUUAAAUUUAUUUCAUGA